UUAAAGUAGAGACACUACAUACUGAUUUACACCUGAACAUCAGCAGAACAUUUCCUCUUUAACUCCAUUUGCAGGUGUUCGCUUUUAACAGUGAAGAGGCGAACAGAGAUCGUACUCCCAUGAAGAGAAUGGCAUGUGUUGCUGAGGAGGAUAUAUGUGUGCCUCAGCCUAAGAAACCCAAAGUGGAUCUGCAAAGGAGAGUCCUGCUGUACGUGAGGAAGGAGUGUGAUGAAGUGUUUGAUGCCUUAAUGCUGCGCUCCCCAACCCUUAACGCACUGACAGAGGCCAUCUCAGAGAAAUACGCACUACCUAUUGACAAGAAGGCCAGAGUUUACCAGAAAAGCAAAAAAGGGGUCCUGGUGAACAUGGACGACAACAUGAUCCAGCACUACUCCAACGAGGACACCUUCAUCCUAGCUGUUGAGAGCUCUGCGGAAUCCUUUCGCGUCACUCUGUCAGAAAUCUGAGGGUUGUUAGGCACAGCACCAAAUUCACCGUGAAUGAGGGGGGGGGGGCUAGCAGUAUUAGAUUAGCAACAACAUGUGUUCAUUGGGGAAGGCCACAUGAUAGUCUUGGUUUGUUGGUUAAAUGGAUCCAUGGCUAAACUCCUCCUCCCCUCUGCAUCAGGUGUUUAUCUUCAGGAACACACGCCUACCGAAGUGCCCAGACUUUUGGCUUAGGGAGGAAAUAUUUUUAGUUUUUUUUCGGACCUGUUAACUUAAGUUCGUAUGCAGAUAGACAGGAGGUAGUUGUUCCGGUCCCCACAGAGCGCCGGCCUCCUGCUGUGUCCGCCGGAUGAACAGCAGUGUCUGCUUCCUCUGUGCUCCAGUUAUUCUCAACGUCACCUCUGGUGGUGAAAGCUUUUCAAUGACUUGAUCAGGUGUAUGAAAGGCAUAGUUUUCUGGCACCUAACAGUUUAAGUUAAUGGACUAAUGUUUUGUAUGAAUAUUGUUAUUUUUUCAAUUCCCUAUAAAGUGCUUUUGUCAAGUUUUUAAACUGCAUUUCUCUUUUUUUUUUGGUUGCCAAUCUUUUAUUGAUUGGUCAUAUUGUAACUGGUGCCCAUAAGUGCAUGGGAAAUCCCAGUCUCCCAUAGUGGUGACAUGCUGGUGUCUCAGCAUCUACAAUUGCAUGAGGCCUGGUUCUGGAGAUGCUGGAACAGGACAGUGAGUCUCCAGUAUGCUGUUGAACUGUUUUGCUUCCCCUGUGCAUGUGUUUAUUGUUUUUCCUCCUUCUGAAGAGACUGUACUCAUUAGUGUUUAUGAAAUUAGUCGGGGACUUAACUGCUCCAUCCAUUAACACAAUCUUUUUCUGAGGCCCCGGCAAAUAUUAGAGCCUAACAGUGAAACGUUUCAAGCCUGUUUACACCUGAUUAAUUGUAUCCUAUUAGCAUCCUUAAUUUGCUUCAUGCAACAUAAUGUACAGUAUUUUGAAUAAGUCAAUAAAUAUUAUUUUAUAUGCA